AUGAGUGAUGGCGGGUGGAUCUCGCUCAGCCCUGCCGAGUUCACCCAGCUCCAGCAGUACACGGACUACUCCACCAAGAAGCUCAAGGAUGUCCUGGAAGAAUUCCAUGGGGAUGGUGUCCUCUCAAGGUACAACCCAGAACAGCCCAUUGACUAUGAGGGCUUUCACCUCUUCAUGAAGACCUACUUGGAGGCAGACGUGCCUGAGGAGCUUUGCCAACACCUCUUCACCUCCUUCAAGCGUAAGAUAUGUCAGGUGUCCCCCGAGACCCAGCACCAGAGCCCCAGCGUCUUGCAGCACAACACCCUUGGUUCACUCAAUGCCAGCAUCUCCAUCCAGAGCAAGAAGGCCUGCAAGGUACUUGUGCACCUCUCACAGAAGUCCACCACCGGCACCCCUUCUGCUCACAACUCCUCUGGCUCUUCGAAGAUCUCCUCCGGGUCCCUGCUCAGCCCUCAGUCACCAGGCACGAGGAGCGUGGAGAAGAGGUUACCCUUCAGCCUGCGAAAGAGCCACAGCUCCCUGAAAGCUGCCCCGCUGCAGCCUCCUGCGCCUGUGGCACAAGUGGUCCACCUGAAGGACAUUGUCUGCUACCUGUCCCUGCUGGAGAGGGGACGAGCUGAGGACAAGCUGGAGUUUAUGUUUCGCCUCUAUGAUACUGAUGGAAACGGCCUCCUGGACAGCUCGGAGCUGGAUCGUAUCAUCAACCAGAUGGUGCAUGUGGCCGAGUACCUGGAGUGGGACUCCACCGAGCUGAAGCCUAUCUUGAAGACGAUGAUGGAAGAGAUUGACUAUGACCAUGACGGGACUGUGACGCUGGAGGAGUGGAUCCGGGGAGGCAUGACCACCAUCCCUUUGCUGGUCCUUCUAGGGAUGGAGACGGUGAGUGCCCAUGACGAUGGGCAGCAUGCCUGGAGGCUGAAGCACUUCAAGAAACCUGCCUACUGCAACUUCUGCCACACCAUGCUGCUGGGGGUCCGCAAGCAGGGCCUCUGCUGCUCCUUCUGCAAGUACACCGUCCAUGAGAGGUGUGUGUCCAAAGAUAUUGCCUCCUGCAUCAGCACCUAUGUGAAAUCCAAGAGAAACACAAACGUGAUGCAGCACACGUGGAUUGAGGGAAAUUCCCCUGUCAAGUGUGACAGAUGCCACAAGAGCAUCAAGUGCUACCAGGGCAUCACCGGCCUGCACUGCGUCUGGUGCCAAGUCACCCUCCACAACAAAUGUGCCUCCCAUGUGAAGCCAGAGUGUGAUGGGGGUCCACUGAGGGACCACAUCUUGCUGCCUUCCUACAUCUGCCCUGUUGUAGGUUCCCACGGUGGGGACCACCAGCUCUGCUGUGGGUGCAUACCGAGCCCUGCAGUGGUGCUUUCUGCCCUCCAGAUCAGCCCACGGCCCGGGACACAUCCCCUCCUGGUGCUUGUGAACCCCAAGAGUGGAGGAAGGCAAGGGGAGCGGGUGCUUCGGAAAUUUCACUACCUGCUCAACCCGCGCCAAGUGUACAACCUGGACCGCGGCGGGCCUGCGCCAGGGCUGAGCUUCUUUCGGGACACUCCAGAUUUCCGCGUCCUGGCCUGCGGCGCGGAUGGCCUCGUGGGCUGGGUGCUGNGACUUGCAGACAAGGCAAACUUGGCAAAGCACCCGCCGGUGGCCAUCCUGCCCCUGGGAACGGGCAACGACCUGGCCCGGUGCCUGCGCUGGGGAGGAGGCUAUGAAGGAGGCAACCUGAUGAAAGUCCUGAAAGACAUUGAGCACAGCACAGAGGUGAUGCUGGACCGCUGGCAGAUAGACGUCAUUCCCAGUGACAGGGAGGCCAAUGGAGACCCUGUCCCAUCCACCAUCAUCAACAACUACUUCUCCAUUGGGGUGGAUGCCUCCAUUGCCCACCGCUUCCACAUCAUGCGAGAAAAACACCCUGAGAAAUUCAACAGCAGAAUGAAGAACAAGCUGUGGUACUUCGAAUUUGGGACAUCAGAGACCUUUGCAGCCACCUGCAAGAAGCUCCAUGACUAUGUCGAGGUGGAGUGUGAUGGGACCCUGCUGGACCUGAGUAACACAUCUCUGGAGGGCAUCGCUGUCCUUAACAUCCCCAGCAUGUACGGCGGCUCCAACCUCUGGGGUGAGACCAAGAAGCAGCGUGGUUACAACCGCCUGGGCAAGAAAGUGCCUGAGAAGCUGCAUGCCACGGUGGUCACGGACGCCAAGGACCUCAAGUUCUGCGUGCAGGACCUCAGUGACCACCUCCUGGAGGUGGUGGGGCUGGAGGGUGCGAUGGAGAUGGGGCAGAUCUACACAGGGCUGAAGAGUGCUGGGAAGAGGCUGGCCCAGUGUUCGUCCGUCACCAUCAGGACGUCCAAGCUGCUGCCCAUGCAGGUGGACGGGGAGCCCUGGAUGCAGCCAUCCUGCAUGGUCAAAAUUACACAUAAGAGCCAAGUGCCAAUGCUGCUGGGGCCCCCCCAGAAGAGCAGCUUCUUCUUCCUGAAGAGAAGAAACCGAACUCGAGAAUAA